CGGCUCGUCAACGAUUUUCUCCGAAUGGUGGCGCCUCUACCGAGAACAGGCAAAGGCAACAACUCCAGCAAGAGUCGCGGUCAAUGGUGCAGAGCCAUUAACCCUUGAAGCACAACGGCAGCAACGACACGACAAGGACGCCAAAAUGGAUCGAGAGUUCAUGGAACAAUUAUGGAGCGAGCGCCACUACGGAACACCGCUCGCCAUCAUCUUCAUGGUGAUGCCCACAAUCGCCGUUGGCUUGCGUCUGUAUGCGAAGAUCACGGCUCAUCAACAGCUUGAGCUAAGCGAUUACUUGUCCAUUACUGCAUGGGCUCAUACAGCAGGCUUGUUCGUAUCGUUACUGGUAGCCGUAUACUUGCCGGCCUCAUAUCUGGACAAUCCUACUGGCAUCGAUGAGCCCGUGUCCAAGAUUACAUUCUCUCUCAACCUCUUGUGGGUUGGCGCCUGCUACAGCUGCAAGCUGUCGAUUCUUUGCCUCUACUAUCGCCUACUGAGUACACCAAACAGUACUUUUCGUCGAGUCGUCCAGGGAAUGUUCGUUCUAACGGCCUGUGUCGGUCUUGCGAGCGCUCUGGGCUUCCUCUUGAUAUUCAAGGAUAUGUCGUGGUGGUGGACAACAGGAUUGAGAUCCCACCCUGUACAACUGGCACAAAUGAUUCAGAUGAAUGAAGCCAUAGAUAUUCUGUCGCUUCUCACUGAUGUCAUCUUGUUCGCGAUGCCUUUGCCUGUUAUCAGGAAAUUGAGCCUCGAUAAGCAGAAGAAGCGUUUGCUUAUUGGUCUAUUCUCGCUUGGUUUUUUGACCUGUAUCGAGGUUGUCAUCAGAAUCAUUACCACGUAUGGCUUCGACGGUGCUUUGGACGCCAUCCAAGUCCAGUGUCUCUUGAUGGGCAUUGAGCCGGCCAUGGGCAUUACGCUAUGCUCACUUCCUGUCUUCUUGCGAUUGUUCCGAAAGGGCCACAACAACUCAAGCGGUCGCAGCUACGCGUCAGGAGAUCGUGGCAAUUUCUAUUCUCUGGGCCCCGUGAGCGGUAAACAUUCAACUACCAGAGAUCCUGACGGUGCCUUGUUGGAAUCAACUGUCGGAAAGCCGCAGCCAGUGAUUGUACAGACAGAGAUUACUGUCCACUCUUCACGGAGCGGAUAUAAUGACUCUCUUGAAUCCCAGGAGGGUUACUGGAAAUGAUGAAUUACAAGGGAUCUUUCAAUUUAAUGUUAAACUGAAUUAAUGCGAGACUUAUCGAGCAAUCGCCACAACCAUUGUCGGGUAUAUAUUUUCUUAUUAAUGAACAUAAUUAUUUGAG